GAUCUACCUGUGACCCGAAUCCAUUUUAGUCAAUAUCUUUCUUCUUCAUCUGAAGCUUCUCUCAGCUUCCACUGUUUGUUCAUGGCGUCAUUUUCAAUCGUUGAAAUUCAAAUAUAAUAAAAAACAUAGUUAGUAAGCAACCCCUUUUAGAUUCUUAAGCUUAAAGUAACAUUCUUUGUUUUUUCUCUUUGAUUAAACCCUUUUAACUUCUCACCAAACAAUUUCCCCAACUAACGCUUUUUCUCUUCAAAAAUCUUAAAGACCACUCUUUUCUUCAUAAAAAUUCAGGAUUCUUCAAGAUCUUGACACCCUUUUGAAUUUUAUAGUGAAAAAAAUGAAACAGUUAGCGGCGUUACAACAAGGUCGCCGGAGCAACAGCUUUAGAGGGCCGUUAGAUUCGCCGUCAGAUGGGUCUGUUAAGUCUCCGGCGACUAUUUUCUGGCUUGUGCUUCAUGGGGUUUGCUGUUUGAUCAGUUUAGUUCUGGGUUUCAGGUUUUCACGCUUAGUGUUCUUCCUUUUGUUCACUAAUAAUAGCUCAUCGUCAGCUCCAAACAGUGUUUUGUUUCAUGAUCCGGCUAGGAUGACAUCAUUUUCCGGUAAUGGCACGGCGGGGACAGCGGCGGAGGUUGCGGUGGUGAGGGGGAGUAGUAGUAGUAGGGUGGUGGUGGGGAGGCACGGGAUAUUAAUACGGCCGUGGCCCCACCCGAAUGCUACUGAGGUGAUGCAGGCACAUAAGAUAAUGGAGAUAGUUCAAAGGGAACAGAAGUUGCAGUAUGGUGUUAAGAGUCCGAGGGAUGUGAUUGUUGUGACACCAACAUAUGUGAGGACUUUUCAGACUUUGCAUCUUACUGGUGUGAUGCAUUCUUUAAUGAAUGUGCCUUAUAAUGUUGUGUGGAUUGUGGUGGAAGCUGGAGGAGCAACUAAUGAGACCGCCUCGUUGAUAGCUAAAUCAGGUUUGAAGAAUACUAUUCACAUUGGAUUACGCGAGAAGAUGCCACUUUCGUGGGAAGAUCGCCAUAAAUUGGAGGCGAAAAUGAGACUUCGCGCUUUGAGAUAUGUGAGAGAAGAGAAGUUGGACGGGAUAGUGAUAUUUGCUGAUGACAGUAAUAUGCAUAGCUUAGAGAUUUUUGAUGAGAUCCAAAAAGUGAAAUGGAUUGGCGCUCUGUCAGUGGGCAUUCUUGCUCAUUCGGGUGGUUCUGAGGAGGAGUUGUCGACAGUUCAGAAAGAGGAAGAGAGGAAUUUGCAAUUGCCUGUUCAAGGUCCCGCUUGUAAUUCAUCAGACCAUCUUGUUGGUUGGCACACUUUUGAUUCGUCCCCCUACUUGGAGAAGAGUGCCAGAUUCAUUGGUGAUAGGGCAGUUGUGCUGCCAAGGAAGCUUGAAUGGGCUGGCUUUGUGUUGAAUUCCAGAUUGGUCUGGAAAGAUGCGGAAGAUAAGCCUGAAUGGGUUAAGGAUUUGGAUGCUGUAAUGGGGGAAAGGGAGGAUGUUGAGAACCCUUUAUCUUUACUGAAGGAUCCUUCAAUGGUGGAGCCUCUCGGAAGUUGUGGGCGCAAAAUUAUGCUGUGGUGGCUCCGCGUUGAAGCACGGGCAGACAGCAAAUUCCCUGCCAGAUGGAUCAUCGAUCCUCCACUAGAUGUGACUGUCCCAGCAAAACGAACGCCAUGGCCAGAUGCUCCUCCAGAGCUCCCCUCCGGUGAAAAGUUGGUCACCAUGCAAGAGCACACUGAGAAGCGCCCACCAAAAACACGAUCAAGAAAACAUAGUUCUCGGAGCAAGAGAAAGCAUGUAGCAAAGAACAUGGACGACCGUCAUUUGGCCAGGCAAGAUGCGGAGAACUAGCGAACCAUCUGCGAAUUCAGCAAGUUCGAAGACCUAUCCUUGUCUCGUAAAUAGGAGAAGGCAUUUCUUACAGAGAAGGCAUUUCUUACAAUAGCAAUUAAUACAUACUACCUGUCCUUUUAUUCAAUUAUAUCUUGUAUUCUUUUCCACUUCUUUUUACCCAAUCUUCAUCAAUUUCUUUUCUGUCCUAUUUUUGGUCUUUAGUCUUUUGUGUAAUUGAAUUGAUGCUCAGUUAGAAGGGUGUUUUUGUUGUUGUUGUCACUGUUACCAGACUCCUUUUUUUUUUUUGGCCAAAGGUUGUAUUUGUGGCUUGGAGUUUAUAUAUGUAAAAUGACAACAUCUAGAGAUGAGAAAUUUAUGCCCAAAUCUUGGUUUU